UUUCGCAUCGGUGUACGGGGGAGGAGGCCUGCAGAUUGGGGAUUUCUAGGUCUAAAUUUCCCCUUGUAUUUGGGGGUUGUGACGGCCUUGCGUGCCGUUGAGGAUUUUGCAGGGAUUUUUGUCGUUUUUUUACUUCCAAAGAUCUCGAGAUGUGAUUUGCUUGGUUUUUUGCCAGAUUCGUCGCAGAGGCUAGUGUUUAAUUAGCAGUACAAACCUCGUUGGCGUCCAGUGCCCAAAGCAGUAAUUCAUGGGUAUAUACAAUCUAAACCGUUGGGCAUGGCUUGGGCACUGGACAUUAAUUUCCUGUUAUUCCAUCUCUGUUACUUAUUAAAUCAUUAUAUGUUACUACCUGUUACUACAAGCUGCCAAGGUUUAGUAAAAUCAACGCGGUUAUUAACUGGUGCAAGUAAUAAAUUUGCUGUAGCAGAAUCGGAGACGGGUGUAGGGAGCAAAUCGAAGCCGUGCACCAAAUUUUUCAGCACUGCUGGUUGUCCCUUUGGUUCGAAUUGCCAUUUUCUCCAUAACUUCCCUGGAGGUCACCAGGCUGUUUCAAAGAUGACCAACUUGGGUGGUCCAGCUGUUGCAGCUCCUGCAGGAAGAAUGCCUAUGGGACCUGGUGGUCCUGAUGGGCCACCUACAUCUGGCGUGAAGACUCGCAUCUGUAACAAGUUCAACACUGCAGAAGGUUGUAAAUGGGGGAACAAGUGUCACUUUGCUCAUGGAGAGAGGGAGCUUGGAAAGCCCAUGAUAUUGAACAACUCAAUGGCACCUCCAAUGGGACCAAGACCCAAUGGGCACUUUCAGCCCCCACCGAUGCCCGCCCCGGACAUGGUUCCUCUCUCAACCUUUGGUGCCUCCGCCACAACCAAAAUCAGUGUUGAUGCAUCCCUUGCUGGCGCCAUUAUUGGCAAGGGUGGAGUCAACACGAAGCAUAUAUCCCGAAUGACUGGGGCCAAGCUAGCUAUCCGGGAUAACGAGGCUGACCCCAACCUUAAAAACAUUGAGCUUGAGGGAACGUUUGAUCAGAUCAAACAUGCCAGUGGGAUGGUGACGGAGCUAAUUGUCCGCAUUGGUGGCAACGCCCCUCCGCCAGCAAAGAACCCAGUGAGGGGAUCUCAUGCUGGGGGUGGUGGUGGAAACAACUUCAAGACCAAGCUGUGUGACAACUUCAACAAAGGCUCUUGCACGUUUGGAGACAGGUGCCACUUCGCCCAUGGUGAGAGUGAACUGCGUAAAUCUGCUGCGGCUUGAGAUAUGAUUUUCAUGGCUUGUCAUGGUUAGUGACCAGCAAGUUUGAACUCCAGAUCUGAGGCCGUUAACCCAUGGUGACAUUGAGUUGCACAAGCCUAUUGUUGAUUGGGAGAUACUGGCAUGGCUUGGUAUGAUCAGAUUGCUGUAACUCUAAAAUAGAUAUCUGAGUUCGACUUGCUUUCGAGAUUUAUAGGCUUUAGUGUACUGCUGUCUUUUCCCCUCUGCUCCGCAUCCAAGUUUUGUACUGUUUCUAAGGCACUCUAUUAUUGCAAGAUUAGUCAUUCUAUUUCAGAAAUCUAUUGAAAGUUAAGCCGAAA